AAGGAGGCUCAAUGCUUUGGGUAGGCGCUUCAUGGUUGCGAAGAUGGCGGUAGUUGCGUGGCUGCAGGUGUCUCCUGUUAUUUUUCUUCUUUUAGGGGCACAGCCGUUCCCAUUGUCGUUUCUUGGUGCAGGGCCAGCACCCGUGUUUGCUGCAGAUAGAUCCAAGUGGCACAUUCCGAUGCCUUCGGGGAAAAAUUAUUUUAAUUUUGGAAAGAUUCUUUUCAGAAAUACUACCAUCUUACUGAAAUUUGAUGGAGAGCCUUGUGACCAGUCUUUGAAUAUAACCUGGUUUCUGAAAAGUGCUGAUUGCUACAAUGAAAUCUACAAUUUUAAGGCAGAUGAAGUAGAGACAUACUUGGAAAAUCUCAAGGAAAAAAAAGGCUUGUCUGGGAGAUACCAAACAUCAUCAAAAUUAUUUCAAAACUGUAGUGAACUCUAUAAAGCACAGAGCUUUUCUGGGGAUCUUACACAUCGACUUCCUCUUUUAGGAGAAAAACAGGAGGCUAAGGAGAAUGCAACAAAUGUUACCUUUACUGGAGACAAAAUUGCAAUGCAUGAACCAUUGCAGACUUGGCAAGAUGCACCAUACAUUUUUAUCGUGCAUGUUGGCAUCUCGUCCUCAAAGGAACCACCAAAAGAAAAUGCACUAAGUAGUCUUUUUACCAGGUUUCUCUUUGUAGUCCUGGCUGGCCUGGAACUCGCUUUGAAGAUCAGGUUAGCUUCGAACUCAUGUAGAUCCACCUACCUCUGCCUCCCAAAUGCUGAAGUGACUGUUGAAGUAAAGGGUCCCUAUGAAUACCUUACUCUUGAAGACUACCCACUGAUGAUUUUUUUCAUGGUGAUGUGUAUUGUGUACGUACUAUUUGGUGUUCUCUGGCUGGCAUGGUCUGCCUGCUACUGGAGAGAUCUCCUGAGAAUUCAAUUUUGGAUUGGUGCUGUCAUCUUUCUUGGAAUGUUUGAGAAAGCUGUGUUUUAUGCAGAAUUUCAGAAUAUCCGAUACAAAGGAGAAUCUGUUCAGGAUGCCUUGGUCCUUGCAGAGCUGCUCUCAGCAGUGAAACGCUCACUGGCUCGCACCCUGGUCAUCAUAGUCAGUCUGGGAUAUGGCAUAGUCAAGCCUCGCCUUGGAGUCACUCUUCACAAGGUUGUGGUGGCAGGGGCACUUUAUCUUUUAUUCUCUGGCAUGGAAGGAGUCCUCAGAGUUACAGGGUAUUUUUCUUACUCAUUGGCUCUGAUAGUAAGCCUGGCCCUCUCUGCAAUUGAUGCCUGUAUUAUUUUAUGGAUAUUCAUUAGCUUGACUCAAACCAUGAAGCUAUUAAAACUUCGGAGGAACAUUGUAAAGCUCUCUUUGUACCGACAUUUCACCAAUACGCUUAUCUUGGCAGUGGCGGCAUCUAUUGUGUUCAUCAUCUGGACGACCAUGAAGUUCAGAAUAGUGACUUGCCAGUCGGACUGGCGGGAGCUGUGGGUAGACGAUGCCAUUUGGAGAUUGCUGUUUUCCAUGAUCCUCUUUGUCAUCAUGAUUCUCUGGCGACCAUCAGCAAAUAACCAGAGGUUUGCCUUCUCACCGUUGUCAGAGGAAGAUGAAGAGGAUGAGCAGAAGGAACCGAUGCUGAAGGAAAGCUUUGAAGGAAUGAAAAUGAGAAGUACCAAGCAGGAACCAAAUGGGAAUAGUAAAGCAAACAAAACACAGGAAGAUGAUUUGAAAUGGGUAGAAGAAAACGUUCCUUCUUCCGUGACUGAUGUAGCACUUCCGGCCUUGCUGGACUCAGACGAGGAACGAAUGAUCACACACUUUGAAAGGUCGAAGAUGGAAUAAGCAGUGGGAAACUGCCGUAGAAGAUGGCUUGUGUCAGGGAAGAGACAGCUUACACGUCAGUGUUCUGCACUGCUCCAAGGGAUUAAAGGAGGCAAUGACAUCUUCCUCUGCUCCUUGAUCUUUGUGCAUGGGAGCUGGGAAGAGGUGUCAGCCAAGAAGAACAGCUUACUGAAAACACGUUCACGGGAUGAGAAAAACCUACAAGCUUCUUUACAUCACUGACACCCUUUCCCUCUCAAACCCCAUCAUGGCUGUUUUUGCAAGCUACACGUUGUCCCUGAACUUUCUAUUCCAUUGUUUAAUCUGUCAGACUAGGAAGUUUAAAGUUUAUUAUGAAAGUACUGUGUCAUUUACACCAUAGUUUGUCAUCUCUAGGAGCAACUGCCUGUCAUUUUAUUUAUUUAGGAAAUUGUAUUGGUAAUGGGAGAAAUUAUCAUUUUAUUUUUGAGUUUCCCUGGAAGUCAAGAUUACAUCUUGCAGAAGUAGUUUGAUGGAAAUAGGCCCUUUUGAGUUAAGGAGCCAUAGAUCUAUCAGUGACCAAAAGGGAAGGGGGGAAAGAGAGAGAAAGUUACAUGUGAUUCAAAAUCAAGUGCAAUUUUGUUUACAAAUGGUGUAUAUUAAAGAUUUUUCUAUUUCAGAUGUGCUUUAAAGAGAAAUACUAGCUUAACUCUUCUGACAUCUGAUAUUAUGACACAUCCCAUUGCUGGCAAUGUGGUGCACACUCCAAAACUUUUAACUACAGUUUAGUCAGCCUCCAAGGGCAUUUUUUUCGGUCAGUCACAGGCAAUGCUUGGUUUGCGUCCAUGCCAUUCUUUGGGAUUACACCAGAUGCCAAGAGGCACUCUGUUUAAGUGCUGUGAUUAUUCAUCCUGUGAGAGAUUAUCAUGCUUCAGAAGGGGGAGCUCAUAGGGAACGGGUCUUGUUGCUUUACAAGCAGUUAUUCUUGCACGAAGUGGCAUGGAGGCCGUAGACUGCUGCUUUUUUUUUUUUUUUUUUUUUUUUUUUUAAGAUUGAUGGCUCUAGUAUCUGGUGUUGGCUUAGAGACUGCUUAUAACAUCACCAGGUGAUGGGAUUCACUUGAAGCACUGUAUUUCAGUUUUAAUGUUUUUAUCCAGUUUUGCCUUCCCUAAAUUUUUGUUCUACAUGAAAAGUUCAUGCCACUUUUUAAUAUAAAAAUUUUAACAAAA